GGAGGAGGAAAAGAGCAAUGACCUAGGCGUCACGAAUGCCAGUAUCCCUUGCAACACCAGCCACAGCGAAAGCAUUUUCCUGGGGAAGUUGCAAUCUGCAACACUAAAAGUACGGCCUAUACCUCAUGUGUCUCUCAGCAAAUCUGCAUCAAUGGGAACUGGUGCCAUGGCCCUUGUCUACAAACAUCUUCUCUUAAUGCUGCUGGGCGUAGGCUGGCCAGGUCUGGGGAAUCCUAAUGCGGAAGCAGCUCGGGUCCGAGAGCACUAUAUAGUGGCUCAGGUCGCUAACUGGAGCUACAGUUCCCAGGCAGAAGACCUGUCCAGGUAACUAAAUGUGUGUAGCUUAUUUGGGGGUGUAAUGGGAAGGUGAGGUUUCCCCACCCCUGAAGAAUGGGCUGCUAGGUUAACCAAGAUAAAUGUUAGUUUUAAGUUGCUUUCAAUGGUGUGACUUCUAAAUUGCCGUGAUUUUUGGAUAGAUUUUCUGCUAGUGUUACUCAUCAUUAUUUUCAUCUAUCUAUUGUUGGCUUUCAGCAUUUUGCUGCUUAUUCACUUUUUACCACUUAGAAUAAUGAAAUUUGCUCACAUGAGGCUUCUUUCUCUCUGAUAUACUAGUUUGUUAAGUGCAAGGAAGUUGUUUCCAUGCAAGCAAGAGAAAAUUCAGAUGUGCAGCUGUUGUUCUUCGACUUUGUGAUGUAUUUUCUUGUUUGGUUUUAAGUAGCUUUAUGGUUUUGACUGUGUAUGUUCAUUAUUUCUGUGUGCCAUAUCGGAAAUACAGUACUACCUAUUAAACAGGGAGAAAGAGAGGAGAUGUGCAGGCCAUCACGUCUGCUGUCCUAUCUAAUUUCAGCCUUAGACUGGUUUGCAAUGCAAAUAUAAACCUGUGUGGGUGAGAAUGUCCAUUUGAUCACUUGCCCAUGCUUAGAUGCCAACAAAAGGAAAGAGAGAGCCUCAAGGGCACCUUUUAACUUUUUAUGUAAAAAUGUCACAAGACAUUCCCAAAGCUUGAUUGAGAAUAAGAAAUGAUGCUCUGCUAGCUUCUUAGGCAAGUGGAGAUUUUUAUUUUUAUUUUUUGUCCUGGCUUCCUUCAUGGGUGUAUCCAGGAUUUUUGUUAAGGGGGCGCAGGACUUGGUGGGCGGCAGGACUUUUAUGGGGGGGGGGUCAGAAGUGAUGUGAUUGGUCAGUUAGUUAAGUAUUUCUGUUGUUCUACUUGAUGCAGGGUGGGUAGCUGCUGCCUCCGCCCCACCUUGGAUAGGCCCAUAGCCUCCUUAAAAAUAUUUGCAGCCUCACAUUCCCAAAUCUUUGUCUUGUUGGGUAAACCCACCGAUCAGUCACUUACCUUUGUAACUUGCCUUUUGGACUAAUGUCCUGAGCCAGAAUGUCAUACGCACUCAGAUGCACCUAUGGAACUCCCACACAUUCUGGGCUCACUCUUGAAUGACUAGUUGAAAAAAUGCACUCAAUAGUGUUGAAUCUGUGAGGCAGGUUCUGCCAUUGGCCACUGUGAGAACAGGACUAGACGGGUUGUUGGCUUGGUCCAGUGGGGCUGUCUGCAUGUUCUAUCUUCUUUAAAAAUCUCAGCUUUUCUUUCGAAACAGAGCAAUGUUAAAUCUGAGUGUGUUGUGGCAGCUUUUUACAAAGGCUCAGGAAUUUGAGGGGUCUCAGUAAAGCUUCUAAUGAAGCGCAUACACCUGCCUUCCUGAUUUCCUCCUAUUGAUCCUCCACAUAUUCUUGCUUUUGUGUACAUCUCUGAGGCUUAUUCCAUUCAAGCCGGCCCUAACACAGAGUUGGAAUAGAUUAGGAUAUAGUAAAUUCUGAAAAAUAACCUUAUAGUUUAUUUAGUGGUUUUAUUGGCCACUCUUCAGUUAACAAUAAACUAAUAACUUCAAAAUUGCAAUAAAGCACAGCAAAACAAUUUAGUGUAAAAUUGGGCAACAGAUAUUGGUUAUAAUAUAGUUAUGGAAGCAUGGGAAUAAUUAUGGAAUACAGAUGCAGUCAUACCUCGGGUUGCGAACGUGAUCCGUGCGGGAGGCAUGUUCGCAACCCGCAGCAUUCACAGCCUGAAGCGCCAUGUCUGUGCAUGUGUGUGACGUGAUUCGGCGCUUCUGCACAUGCGCGUGAUGUCAUCCUGCGCUCAUGCGCCGAAACCCGGAAGUAACCCAUUUGGCGCGGUCUGCAACCUGAAAACGCACAACCCGCAGUGUUCAUAACCCGAGGUAUGACUGUAUAAAAUUUACAGCAUGCUAUGGUUUAAGAGAAAACUGUAUGAAAAUGUUAUAUAGAUGGUAUCUAACACCAAGUAAACUGGCAAAAAUGUAUAAAUAAAAAAUGAAUAAGUGUUCGAAAUGUAAAGAGAAAGAAGGUACUUUCUAUCAUACGUGGUGGUCUUGCACUAAGGUUAAAGCUUACUGGGAAAUGAUAUAUAAUGAAUUGAAAACAAUGUUUAUAAUAACAUCCGUUAACAAAAACAAACCGGAAGUUUCCUUCUGGGAAUUAUAGGGGUAGAACUACCGAAACAGUAUAGAAAUUUAUUCAUGUAUACAACUAUAGGGCAAGAAUGUUAUUUGCACAAAAAUGGAAAGAAGAAGUCCCGACGAAAGAAGAUUUGAUACAAAAACUCAUGGACUAUACAGAAAUGGUGAAACUUACCAGAAAAAUAAGAAAUAAAGAAGAUAAACUUUUUAUAAAAAAUGGAAAUGGUUUAUUGAAUAUGUACAAAUAAAUUGUAAACAGAUAUGGACACUGGCAGGAUUAUUGUAAUAACCUGCAGUUUCAUAAGAGUAAAUAAUUAAAGUAGAUGAAUAAAAGAAUAAGUUCAGUUAAUUUAGAAUAUGCAGCAAAUGAUAAAUAUAAAUUUAAGGAACCACAGAAAGAGGAAGAAGGAAGUCGAGUUUUGAAAUGUGAAAAUGACUGUAAAGUUAUUGAAAUGUGUAUUACUGAAAACCACAAUUACUAUUUUUUUAAAUGUAGUGUAAAAUGCCCAUGUAAAACCUCUUCACACAUUUUUAAAAGACCAGAGGAAGGAAAAAGAGUGCUCACAUGGUGCCAAAAAGAAAAUGAGAAUGGUGCCAGGCAUAUUUUUUGGGAGAAAAAAUUCCAGAGAUUGGGUGCCUUUACAAAAAAGGCCCUGUCUCCUGUCUUUGUUUCAGCAGGUGGCUCUGCUGAGAAUACAAAAUGUGUUUGGUACACAUGUUGAUUUCUGCAACUGUGCUUAACUUUCAUAAUGCAUUUUACAGCAUAGAGUUCUUAUAAAUAUAUUCCACACGGAAGCUAUUUCCUGUGAUAGUUUUAAGACUCUUCUAUUUCAGAUUACCAAAAUCAGAUCAUCUAUUUAAGAAAAUUAUCUACAGCGAGUAUGAAGCAGAUUUCAAAAAAGAAAAACCAAGAAAUGCUCUAUCAGGUAAACACAGAAUGAUUUUCAGAUAUUGCUGGUGAAAUUUUCACAGCAUGGUAUAAUCUCUCUGCUGUCACAAAUCCAAAUUAACAACAUUUUAAAUCACUACAGGUUUAUUUACCCAUUUAGGUCACAAUCCAAUGGAUGUUCCUGAGGUUAGAGGAUAAAGUGGAUUUCCCCCCUCGGCCUGCAGUAAGGCAGGUCUGCAGACAGAGGCGGGACAUCCUAUUUGCAGAGAAACCACUACUAUCCUUGCCACUUAGCCACUGGUACUCUGGUGGUGGGGUGGGUCAAGGGAGGUUUAGAAGCCAAAGUCCUCUUAUUCCCUAGACAGGGCCCCCAAACAGCGUGGGUGGGGAGAGUACAUCUGCCCUGGAGUUGGCACUCUGAUCUGGGACAAAUGGGGAGGUUAAAAAACAAAAUAAAAGAGUAGCCCCAAAAUGAAUAACACAAAACCUAGAGAAACACCCUCCCACUCGGCCAACAUGAACCCAGUAGGGCUUUGGAUUUGCUGCCUCUCCUCUCCCUUCCUAUGGGUCUACUCUACCCUCUUUGAGUGCCUGACUCAGCUGCUUCUUACUUAGCUGGUUGAAGAGUUAUAGAAACUUCUGACUUUUGCCUGGCUGGAAUGCAGCCUAGGGUUCAAGGCAUGAAUCACAUUUGCUAUGACCCUGCCCACCUUUUGCCCCUGGCCACACCCAAUACUGGCAUACGGCCCCUGGAAGCUUAUCCAUGAGGAAUGUGGUCCUCAGCCUGAAAAUACUCCACAUUCUUUUUCUAAGUUUUAGAGGUACAGGUAGGUGGAUCCUGCUGCUCUUUCAUAUCCCUGGCCACCUGCUUGCAGAAAGCAGGUGAACAGGUAGCAACAGCAGUGAGAAGGAGCAUGGCCAGGAGACGGUCAGUAGUCAUUUUUUCCAAAUUACUCUGUUCUUCUCCUUGCACUGAUAAUUAGAUAGUUUCCAUUGUCCCAUUAAUGACCCCAGAUACCAAAAAUGCACUUGUGCAGAACAGCUAACUAGAAAGUGACUAAUCAUUUCAGUAACUAGUGUUGUAUCGCUGACUCAAAAUAUACAAAGGAUGCCUAGCUGUUGUUCCUUUCAAUGUUAUUCUGCACGUUGCCACAAAGACUGAGUUGUGGCUUCCUUCUUUCACUUCCACAUUGUUCCAGAAUUUCCUGCAUGACACACAAAGUCUUCUACAAAUUUUAAUGAUAAAUGAGUACAGUGGUAUCUCGGGUUACAGACGCUUCAGGUUACAGACUUCGCUAACCCAGAAAUAGUACCUCAGGUUAAGAACUUUGCUUCAGGAUGGGAACAGAAAUCGUGUGGUGGGAAGCGGUGUACACAUAGCAUUAGUCAGAACCAAUCUUUCCUGUAUAUAUUCUGUCAUUUCUUAUGAACUACUGUGUUUUGAUGCUCCCCGCCCCCCAGUCUCAAUCUGAAUUGAGAAAAAUAACAACCCAGCUGUGUGCAGUGGCAUAGCGUGGGGGGUGCAGGGGGGGCCGGCCGCACCGGGCGCAACAUCUGGGGGGGCGCGCUCGCACUCGCAGCUCUCUGCCCCUACCUGGCUCACUCUCUCUCUCUCACUGCAGUGCUGGCUAUGCGAAUCCGAUCUGAGCCGCUGGGUCGCCGCCCACUGUGGAGGGGGUGGGUGCCAGGCGUGCGGUGCGGAGAGAGAGCGAGGGACUAUCUGGGGGAGGGACAGUGCAGCGGCCGCCCAGCGCAGCGCUGAGCGUGGGAGAGAACCACACCAGACCAGACCAGGCAGCAGCAAGAAGAAGCUGGCAGCAGCGGCAGGUUAGGGGUUAGGGGGCGCAAAUUACUUGCCUUGCCCCGGGUUAGGGGGCGCAAAUUACUUGCCUUGCCCUGGGUGCUGACAACCCACACUACGCCGCUGGCUGUGUGUCAAGUCAGUAAUGUGUAUGCAGCCCAAAUACAAAGUUUCCUACCACGCUGAUGGAGUGGUCUAAUAUUGUUAGUUGCUUGUACCUCUGUUUUGUAUGCGAUUUUCCUUGUUUUUAAGUGACUAGAUUUUUCAGGCAUUCCUUCAAUGUGUUGGUAGGGUGGGGUGGGGAGAAUUGCACUGGAAGGCUCAGCCCCCUGCCUGGGCAUAUUCAUUAGAACAUGAACUCUUCAGAUCAUCCCUCACCAUAAUACCAUGUGGUUAUAUAUAAUCAUUUUUCAAUGUCUUUCUUUAUUAAGACUUUGAUUAAUUUUCCUAUUCAUUAAAUGUCUCCCAAUAUUUUCCUUCAUCUACCUGCAAAACAAUUCAAGAUUAAGCAGAAUUGCCACGCCUAGCCAAUUCUCUUUUCAUGCAUACAGCGGUCACAAUGGAUUCUACCGGUUUAUUCUUUUAAGUGUUCCAGAACGAGUAUGGGCUACAUAAGUAGCAAAUACUUGUUCUAUACCAGAGCUUUCCAAACUGUGUUUCGCAACACAUUAGUGUGUCAGCUGCAAUGUGUAAGUGUGUCACACGAAGGAAUUAGUUUAACCUCCGAUUUGAUAGUAAAACUGAAUUACUGUGUCAUGAAAUGAUGCAAAACUGAAUUACUGUGUCGUGAAAUGAUGCAUAUCUAAAAAGCAUGUCACCAACAUGAACCGUUUGGAAAGCUCAGUUCUAUACAGUGGUACCUCGGGUUACAGAUGCUUCAGGUUGCAGAUACUUCAGGUUACAGACUCCGCUAACCCAGAAAUAGUACUUCAGGUUAAGAACUUUGCUUCAGGAUGAGAACAAAAAUUUCGCAACAGCGGCGCAUUGGCAGCGGGAGGCCCCAUUAGCUAAAGUGGUACCUCAGGUUAAGAACAGUUUCAGGUUAAGAACGGACCUCCAGAACGAAGGUACCACUGUAUAGGAAAAUUUAGGCACAGGCCUUUUAAAUUUAGCUAGGCCAUAGGCUCAAAAGAAAAUGGAAUCAUCAAAACCAUACCCUCCAACUUUUACUAACCAAAAUCUGGGACCCCUCCACCAUGCCAUGGCUGCAUGCCUGCGACCCCCCUUGCCUGCCCAGGUUGCCUCCGCCCUCUGCCAUCACUGCCAUACCUCCACCUGCACUGCUCAUCCUCCCUGCCCUCUCGCUCUGCUCACCCUCCCCACCUGUGCCGCUCAAAAAUGACCCUAAAAGAGAGCAAAAACAGCAGAAAUAGCGCCUAGCAAUUCCACAAGCUUUUGCAAGCACAAUCCUAGGAGCCCUUGCACUGACCGUUGAGGCCUGUGGAGAGUUGGAAUUUGAGCAAGGAGGUUUGGAGGGAGCAAUUGUGGUGGAGUUUGGUGGAUUUUUGUUUUUGUUUUUAAGAGUUUUCCAAUAUCAUCAUCUCCUUCUUACGUCACAGACAAGCAUAAAGCUCAAUUGCUGCUCUGAACUUAUUGGAGGAAGGUUGGUGUGUGUUAACAAAUAAUAACAUUCCUGCCCUAAGGAAUGAUGGUGCGUUCUAAUAGCCACUUGUGUGUGCAAGUUUGUGUCUCAGUCAAAACACAAGUCUCUUUUUCCAUGUUGUGUAUUUAGGGAUUUCUCUUUCUCUCUUUAAAAUAUAUUAUCAUUUUGGUAGGGCUUCUGGGGCCAACACUACGUGCUGAAGUGGGAGAUACACUUGUCAUUCAUUUUAAGAACCUGGCUAAUAAACCACUGAGUAUUCACCCACAAGGUAUAGCGUACAGCAAACAUUCAGAAGGUAAGUGCUGGUAAUGUGACUGUGUUGUCAGAUAUCUCGGUGACGAUCCUUUCAUAUUCCUGGCUUCGUCAGCCAUCAGGACCAGCCAACCAGAGCUCCCAUUAGUGGAAAUAUGACUGUAAUGGAAAACUUAAAGGACACACCAGUCAGGAAGCUAGACGAGAACGUUAUUUCUUUUAAACAGGAGCGAAUCCGUAACAAGAAACUUCAGCCUGUCCCCUCAGAUAUAAUGAAGUCAAAUGCCACCUAGUGACUAAACUAUAUAACAACAUCAGAAAAGCUAAGGUCUGUCUCAGAUUUUGAUCAGAUCCCCAGCACUGAGAAAGAAAAGGAAAAGUGGAUAUACUUUAACCUGGCUUAGGGGUAAAACUGCAAGUGCAAAAAUUUCAACAUUUUAAACAAUGAGAUAUAUUUUGUUGGGCUUCACGAGGAAUGUUAGAUCUGUGUCCUCCUGUAUUUUGUACUAGGCAUCAGCCAGUGACUGACACAAGUUGUUGUUUGAAUUGCAAGGGAUAAUGAUACCAAAUUGGUGUAGCUGACCCCCAGAAAUAUAUUGCCAUGCCUUUAAUAUUUAAAUAGCGGCAUAUUAAAUAGAACUAAUUCUUCUAGAAUGAGCUGAGAAGAAAUAUCCAUAUGCCAUUUGCAUAAGUAAAUGGAAAUAUGUUCUUCCAAGUAAUUUCUGCAAAAGAGCCCUCGAUAUACAAUGGUAGAGGAGAAUGGUAAACUGAAACAAAUUGGCAAGUUUCAGUUUGCACAGCAAUAGCAAAUAGUGUCAGGCCCCUGUAGAGCUUGUCCCCAAAUGACUGGGAAGCACGGGGUGUUCUCGGUAUGACAGCCAAGUCCAGCAGGCCUCUGGCAUCCCUCCCUUCCAGCUGGCUUAGCCCUCCGAGGCCCAGGGCAAGUGUACCCAGCUGUACCUCCCCUGCUCCCACCGCAUGUGCACGGGCCUAUGUAGGGCUAUCUAAGUACCUGUUCUCCUGUACCGUAUGUGCAUGUACAAUCCUCAGGCAGGGCUGUAUAAGAAAGCUGGAUAGAUUGGAGGAACCUGUGACCCUCCAGAUUUUAUUGGACUGCAACUCCCAUCACUCCCAGCUUGCAUGGCCCAUGGGCAGGGAGUGAUGAAAAUUAUAGUUUAACAGCAUCUGAAAAGACACAGGUUCUCCAUGCCUGGUAAAAAGAGGACAUUAGACUCAGCGUGUAUAUGGAUAGGUGGGUGCAUGUACAUUUAUUUAUUCAUUGCUUCAUAAGGGCACUGUUGGUAUUAUUAUGUAUGAAUAAUACAUGGUGAAUCCUUGCUUCCCUGCCACUGAAGGUUCCUCAUAUUCCGACAAGACAUUGCCUAUCGAAAAACUGGAUGAUGCUGUGCCUCCUGGAAAAAGUUAUAAAUACGUGUGGAAGGCCACUGCAGGAACUGGACCACGGGAGGCUGAUCCUCCUUGCCUCACCUAUGCCUACUACUCACAUGAAAACAUGGUGCAAGACUUCAAUUCUGGCCUUAUCGGUGCUUUGCUGAUAUGUAAAAACGGUAAUAAAACAUUUAGGUUGAAGAAACCAGCAAGUGUUUGUUGGGGAUUAUCUGUAAUGUCCCUUCUUCCCACACAUGCAUUCCUGUUUAUCAUCUGCCUCAGCUCCUUGGCCUCUGACAAACUAGGCCCUUUUGACAGGAAUAAUUUCUCUUCUAGCAGGCCCAACUCUUCAAGACUCAGCCCUGUCCCCUCAUACUUUGGUCUGGCUAAGGUGUCCUCAGCCCCAUAGAGUUGGUGCCUAUGCUGGGAGAGAAACCCUAGAGAGCUGCUGUCAAUCAGUGUCAACAGUAAUGAACUUGAUGGGCAGCUUCCUAGGGGUCCUUCCUUGUCUAUGUCUUAUUUGAUGAAACACUUUGUCCCCCCCUCCCACCCCAAUGUCUGUGACAGGCUCUUCUUCUUCUAGGAAGCCUGCAUGAAAAUGGAACACAGAAAUUUUUUGACAGGGAAUAUGUGCUGACGUUUGCUGUGUUUGAUGAAAGCAAAAGCUGGCAAAAAGGAUCUUCCCUCGUGUACACCAUUAAUGGCUACGCUAAUGGAACACUGCCAGGUACUGUAUAUCCUGUUAACCUAGAUGGAUUUGCUUGACUGACUGCCAUUACGGUACAGUGAUUUUGAAACAAAAGUUUCCAACUGCUGUUCUUUUGCGUUUCAGAUGUACAAGCCUGUGCUUACCAUCGCAUUAGUUGGCAUUUGAUAGGGAUGAGUUCUGCACCUGAGAUCUUCUCGGUCCAUUUCAAUGGGCAAACCUUGGAGCAAAACCACUAUAAAAUGUCAACGAUCAACCUUGUCGCAGGAGCAUCAGCAACAGCAAAGAUGUCUGUGAGCAAGACAGGAAAGUGGCUCAUAUCGUCCCUUGUUGAAAAGCAUCUGCAAGGCAAGGAGAUCUUUCUUCAGCAGGCAUUGGUGCAACUGCAGCCUUCAUUACCUUCUCUCAUAUAGCAGUUGUACGAAACAUGCAAAAUCAUCUUAACUAUAGCAGCACUUGUGGUGAUGGAGGUGGGGGCUAGGAAAACAAUCUGGCAUAAAUUAGAACUGCUGUUUGCAUAUGUUGACUAUAGAAUAACAAGACACCUGUAACUACAAUUGUAUUUUGUUAGCGGGGGGUAGUGAAGUGUCCUUUGUCCACGAUUGGCUCACCACUGAAAUACAGGGUGAGUCCUUUAAAAGAGGCCCUGUGGAUACAGGGUACACAUGUUCCAUAGGGCCUCUUUUAAAAGACUCACCCUGUACAUGCAAUGAUUUUCAGUGGCCACCACCAUCUGUCCAGAUAGUCAUGUGAUUCGCUUUAAACCCUUGGAUGUGUUGUUAGUUAAGCUGACCCUUCAUACUAACUAACUAACUAACUAACUAACUAACUAACUCACUAACUCACUAACUCAGUAAGAAGACAGUACAAAUGUCUUUUGUUUCAUUGGUUAAGUACAAAUGCCUAUGGAUAAGCCUAAACCUUUAUUAGUUUAGUCACUAGAUUAAUAAAGCAAAGUUUUACUAGAUUAGCCAAUGGAGGCUGCUUUUAACUCAUGAGGAAAUAUUUAAGUAGGUGAAGCUGUGAGCCAAGAGCAACUUAUUUAUUUGUUGUGACCAAUUUGGUUCUGAUGUGCCUGUAAUAGGGAAUGAAAAAAUAAAAUAUUAAGAGACAUCUUUUUCUUUUAACAAUAAGCGGUAGUUUUUGUUUCUUAAAGUUAUCUUCUGCUGUCUUCAGUGUCUCAACAAUGCAUUUACAUUGAGAUUAUCAUAAUAUGCUCAUUUAUGUACAUUUAGUUGAUUAAAACCUAUAUUAAGCCACUGAAAAUGCUUUGUUUAGUUAUCUUAGUUGUUACUAACUAUGCAGAACUAUCACUUGUAAAGACAUACUCUCAAAAUAAUUUUUGCACCUGUACAGCUAUUAGUAGGAAGAAGCUGCAUGGAUUUAUUUAGCAUCCUGAAGAAAACCCAAGCCUGUCGCUAUGAAGACAUUGUUUAAUUUUGUUAAAAGUAUGGCAUUGUGAAUCAUGAGCAUAAGUCAGGUCUCCAAAAGGCUCUGUCACACUCCAAAACAAACAAGGCAGUAUUGAAUUGUUCCCUUCCUUGAAUGGAAAGAGUAUUCCCAUUUGCAGAAGAGGUUUUGAUCUACUGGAAUCUCUGCUAAAGGAAGAAGAGGGGAGGCAAUGUCCACUGAUUCCCCCCUUCCCCUGCAACCUCCCAUGCCACCUCCCACACUAUUCUGGAAAAUCCCCCAACCUGUUCUGGGGAAGGUGGGGCCCCAGAAGGGAGGAGGAAUUGAUGAAAAUCUCACCCUGCCUUCUGUUAGUGUAGGGUAACCACUGUAUCAUAUACCUAUGAGCCAGUGUGGUGCAGUGGUUAAGAGCAGUAGACUCGUAAUCUGGUGAACUGGGUUCGCGUCUCCGCUCCUCCACAUGCAGCUGCUGGGUGACCUUGGGCCAGUCACACUUCUUUGAAGUCUCUCAGCCUCACUCACCUCACAGAGUGUUUGUUGUGGGGGAGGAAGGGAAAGGAGAAUGUUAGCCGCUUUGAGACUCCUUAAAGGGAGUGAAAGGCGGGAUAUCAAAUCCAAACUCUUCUUCUAUGGAUGUAAGGGCACAAAUGGAUUCCACAUACUGCUGUGUGUUUCAAGAUGCAUUAACAUGGCUUUGUUAUUUAUACCUUAAGAGAGUAAUGAAUGGCUAAUAGAUUCUUUUUGCUGGCUAAAGUGGUGGAGAUUUUGAUCGCAGCAGGAGACAAAUGUACAUCUUUCAGAGGUCUCUAGUAAAAUACAAAUACAAAAUCUUUAACUUCCACCUGGUUUGGCUGAAGGGCAACAAGGAAAUCCCUUGGGAAUGCACGUUCCUUUACAACUAACACUCAUGCUCUGUCUUUCCAGCUGGAAUGCAUGGUUACCUCAACAUAGAAGACUGUGGAAAUCCAGACACUUUAACGAGACAAUUAUCCUAUAAAGAAAUACGGAUGAUUAAGGACUGGGACUUUUACAUCGCUGCUGAAGAAGUAAUCUGGGAUUAUGCUCCGGAAAUUCCUGACAGUGUUGAUAGGUAACAUGAUAGAAUAUGUUGGUUGAGGGGUGUGUGUAGACUGGAUAAGGUUCUCAAUUCUUAGGCUCCAUCCACACUAAACAUUUAAAACAGUCUCACACCACUUUAAACAAUCCUGGCUUCUCCCAAAGAAUCCCAGGAAAUGUAAUUUAUUUGUUUAAGUGUGCUGAGAGUUGUUUUACUGUUUCCCUCACAGAGCUACAAUUCCCAAGGUGGUCAAUCCCUCUUCCCAGGAAAAUGGGAAUUGUAGCUCUGUGAGGGGAAUAGGGGCCUCCUAACAACUCUUAAUACCCUAAACAAAUGGCACUUUUAAGGAUUCCUUGGGGAGAAGCCGUGACUGUUUAAAGCAAUGCUUUUUUUCCAACCAGAACUCACCGAAACUCAGUUCUGGCACCUCAGGUAGAUGUCAUUGCUAUUACAGGAGAACAAUGGAGGCAUUCAUAGUGAGUUCCAGCACCUCUUUUUUUCUAGAAAAAUAGCACUGGUUUAAAGUAUACAUUUAAAUGUAUAGAGCAGAUAAGACCUUAGAACACUUAAAUUCUAAUCUGCUUGGUUAACUUUAAAUGCUCAGGUUCUACCACAAUUCAUCUACUUGGUGACGUUGACAGGUGAGAGAACUAGUUUGUGAGGUAGCUUGAGGGGAAGUUGGAGCAGCAAUGGCAGUUCUGUGGGAAACUUGGUCAAUAAAUAGCUUCUAUUUAACUUGAGUCAGUAUCAGACCACUGUAGAUAUAGCUCCAUCUGUACAGCAUGAGACUCUUGAUCUCAGGGUCAUGGGUUUGAGCCUCACAUUGGGCAAAAGAUUCUUGCAUUGCAACGAAGUGGGACAAAACAUCUUUAGUGGUAUUUAACAUAGUUUUACUCUGAAUUGAUCCCCUGAAAUUAAGGAACAUGACCAAGGCUGCAUUCACGUGACAAUUUAUUCUGUUCUCCUUAUGUUUCACUGACUGUUAAUUGCUGCAUUGUGCCUGGGCUUUCACAGGAUAUAAAAGCCAUUUCCAGAAAUAUAGCAGAAUAUACAGCAAGUUCAGCACUCAUUUUGGUGUUAUUUGCAAAAAGAUUUCAUUCUGGAAGUAAUACCAAAAUGGUGCUACCAUAUAUCCAGAGGUGGUUUUUAUGUUAUUUGAAAGCUCAAAUAUAAUGUGAAAACAGCAGUUUGGUAACACGUGCAGAAGAACUCUACUUUCAUUACUCUACUUAUUCCUGCCUUUUUAGUGGGGUUUCGUUGGGUUGCUACAAUGCAUAUAAUCAUUUACAGCAGAAUGACUAGUGGGGUGCCACAGGGUUCUGUCUUGGGCCCGGUCUUAUUCAACAUCUUUAUCAACGACUUGGAUGAUGGACUCAAGGGCAUCCUGAUCAAAUUUGCAGAUGACACCAAACUGGGAGGGGUGGCUAACACCCCAGAGGACAGGAUCACACUUCAAAACGACCUUGACAGAUUAGAGAACUGGGCCAAAACAAACAAGAUGAAUUUUAACAGGGAGAAAUGUAAAGUAUUGCACUUGGGCAAAAAAAUGAGAGGCACAAAUACAAGAUGGGUGACACCUGGCUUGAGAGCAGUACAUGUGAAAAGGAUCUAGGAGUCUUGGUUGACCACAAACUUGACAUGAGCCAACAGUGUGACGCAGCAGCUAAAAAAGCCAAUGCAAUUCUGGGCUGCAUCAAUAGGAGUAUAGCAUCUAGAUCAAGGGAAGUAAUAGUGCCACUGCAUUCUGCUCUGGUCAGACCUCACCUGGAGUACUGUGUCCAGUUCUGGGCACCACAGUUCAAGAAGGACACUGACAAACUGGAACGUGUCCAGAGGAGGGCAACCAAAAUGGUCAAAGGCCUGGAAACGAUGCCUUAUGAGGAACGGCUAAGGGAGCUGGGCAUGUUUAGCCUGGAGAAGAGGAGGUUAAGGGGUGAUGUGAUAGCCAUGUUCAAAUAUAUAAAAGGAUGUCACAUAGAGGAGGGAGAAAGGUUGUUUUCUGCUGCUCCAGAGAAGCGGACACGGAGCAAUGGAUCCAAACUACAAGAAAGAAGAUUCCACCUAAACAUUAGGAAGAACUUCCUGACAGUAAGAGCUGUUCGACAGUGGAAUUUGCUGCCAGGGAGUGUGGUGGAGUCUCCUUCUUUGGAGGUCUUUAAGCAGAGGCUUGACAACCAUAUGUCAGGAGUGCUCUGAUGGUGUUUCCUGCUUGGCAGGGGGUUGGACUCGAUGGCCCUUGUGGUCUCUUCCAACUCUAUGAUUCUAUGAUUCUAUGAUUUGUGUUAACGUAGAUUUUUCUAAAUAAACAUUUCCACCCACAUAGAUGUACUCUCAAAAGAAAAAGAUGCCUAUCUCCCCAUUUACAGAUCUUCUUUCUUUUCUUUCUUUUCUUUUCCUAAUUCUUUUCCCAAUUUUAAAGGAAAUAUAAAACUCAGUAUCUGGAAGCAUUUUCCAAUCACAUUGGCAAGAAGUAUAAAAAGGCCAUAUUCAGACGAUAUAAAGAUGCCAGCUUCACCAAACGCAUAGACGAUAAAAGGGCCAAACAACAUGGAAUUCUGGGGCCUAUUAUCAGAGCUGAGGUCAGAGAUAACAUAAAGGUAAGUACUGAGCAACAGGUAUAAGGACAGAAUCUAAAAUUUCAUUUUAUUUAAUUCAUGCAUAGGACUUACGCUACAUGCAUUUUGACUAUCCAAAAUUUAACAUUUAUCUGUGUUUAUAUUGAGUUGGGUCCAACCGAAGCUAAUUGUACUCGGGUCCUGUUGAAAUCUAUGGGUCUUAACUUAGUCAUGACCAACUUUUCACAAUGAUUUCGGUGGAGCUUAAGUGCCACUAAUUUAGGCUGGACCCAACCCACUGUCUCUCCUAUGCAGUGCUGUGUUGAGGACAACCCUCUGCAUAAAACAUGUUCCUCCAUGAGUCUUAUUAGCCAAAUAAUUUAUCCUGCACAUACAGUUGCUUCUAGAAAUUAUUCAUUAGUUACAUUCCUCCAAUUGGUUUUAUGGUUAUCCUGUACAUCUCUCUGGUUACAGUUAGUAGAAGAGUACCUUUUUUAUUUUAUUUUUAAAAACCUAUUAUUAUUGCUUCAACUUCUACUACUAUUAUUGCAAACGUCUUGUAUAAAGCAUUACUGCCAUACUGAACACAUAUUCUCCACCUACAUUUUAAACAGAUUGUAUUCAAAAACAUGGCCAGCCGACCCUACAGUAUUUAUGUGCAUGGGGUUACGCUUUCAAAGGAUGCUGAAGGAGUUGUUUAUCCUUCUGGUGCCAAAGGUUGGUAAUUCAUUACUUCUGCCUAGAUUUCCUCCUAUCUUUCUUAUGGUGGCUAAUAUAUAUAUAUAUAUGAAAUAGCUUCCCUAGCAGUUCAGUUGAUAGAGGUGUUCCUGUUGUCAUUUUCAAAAAGCUUUUUUUUAAAAAAAUUUUUUAAGGUCAUUCCUUUUUAAAGGGCUUCAAAGCUAACUGUAAAGUCAGUAGCAUCCAAGGGAAAGGUAAAGGGACCCCUGACCAUUAGGUCCAGUCGCGGACGACUCUGGGGUUGCAGUGCUCAUCUCGCUUUACUGGCCGAGGGAGCCGGCGUACAGCUUCCGGGUCAUGUGGCCAGCAUGACUAAGCCACUUCUGGCAAACCAGAGCAGUGCACGGAAACGCCUUUUACCUUCCCUCCUGAGUGGUACCUAUUUAUCUACUUGCACUGUGUGCUUCCAAACUGCUAGGUUGGCAGGAGCAGGGACCGAGCAACGGGAGUUCACCCUGUCGCGGGGAAUCGAACCGCCGACUUUCUGAUCAGCAAGCCCUAGGCUCUGUGGUUUAACCCACAACGCCACCCACAUCCAGGGGUACUUCAAAUAGGAAUGGAAAGCUGGAGAAACUAACUGGCUAAUUAAGGACAGAGCUGGCCCCAUCAUUACACAGAGGGAAGUGGCCACCUCAUAUGACAGAUGCUGGGGUGGGGCAGUGGCAGCAACCUCCUGGCCUUUCUUCCCUGGCCCCACACCCCUUUGCCAUUCUCCUCUGCUGAAGGACAGAACUGUGUAUUCUAUGUUUUUCUGCUUGAGGCAAAGGGCAAGACAAGCCUCCCUGCCCUCCCCAUUCCAUAUACAGAAGCAGAAAAAAAAAACAUAUUGAGAUGCCUCCUAUUUCCAUGAUAAAUGGCUGCAGAAUUAUUGCAACAGAAUUAAUUUUGCUUCAACUGGACUUCUGAGAUGCCCCGGCUAGCUCUUUUCUGUUAUAAGAAGAGAGCUUGUAGGUGUUAAGGGUUGCUGUGCUCAGAGAUCCUGCUUGAAGGCUUCCCAUGGGCAUCUGGUUGGCCACUGUGAGAACAGGACGCUAGAUGAGAUGGGCCAUUAGCCAGAUCCAGCAGGCUCUUCUUACGGGUGGGGAUUCCCUGAUUAAGGAAGUGAUGUAAGCACAAUAGUCCAAUGGGAGAGGCAUAGGAGAGAGAUCCUGAUGGUUUCCACUCCGCUUCUUUCUCCUUCUGCAUGUCAGAAUAAAAGUCAUACAAUAUGUGAAUUCACACCUUACUCCAGAAAAAGAGAUGUGUUUCAGCUGUAGCAGGAAAAAGCACAGAACCCGAGUGUCUGAAAGGGGUCUGCAGGCAGUGUUUGCACACUGUACAGGGUAACUGCCAUUUGCUUCUGCUCUUAUCAUCUUACUCCAUUUAUGUCCUUAUUCCAUCCAGAGAACAGCACUGAGGGUAAACUAGUCCAACCAGGGGAAAUUUACACAUAUCGUUGGACUGUACUCGACACAGAUGAACCCACAAGCGAAGAUCCUCAGUGUCUCACCAGAUUUUAUCAUAGUGCUGUUGAUAUAACAAGGGACAUCGCCUCAGGACUUAUUGGACCACUUCUGGUUUGCAAACGCAGGGCACUCGACGUGAAGGGAACACAGGUACUGUCAAGUAUUGCAAACUGAGAGAGAAAAGAUGGCGGCCGUAACGCUGCUAUCUCAAGGUUCUGAGGCAGUAUGCCUCCAAGGGCUCAUCCACACUUUGCUUGUUCUGUUCCUGGAAAGCCUGGUUCUGAGAGGUUUUCUGCUUGUCCCUGACUUUCUAGGCAUGGGUGUGAGUGGGAAACAGGAUUUUGAACCAGAUGGUUUUAUCCAGCAGAACUGCUCUUAGGCUCUUGGGGCCAGACAAGUUUGAAUGCAUAUUUUAGUCAUGUAAACAGCACCCAUGAAGAAGCAUGAGCAGCCACAGGACCGUGCUGGGGGUGUAUGGAGAUGGAACAAAAUCCCCUCUCCAAACUACUAUUUGCAUUUCAAAGAAGUCUCAUGCAGAAUGCCUGGAUGAAAACAUUUUUGCCUGGCAUUGGAAUGAAUGUUUUGGUGCCACAUUACCUGCUAUGGACAGGGCAUUAGAGAUAUGGAUUGCCAUAGAUCAGAAGACUCCUUCAUUGCCAUCAACCUUAUUUCAUAUGGUGGAGGAAUCCAGAGGAAGGUCUCAGAUGAUGACUGUAGUGCUUGGGCAGAGUCGUGUAAUACUUUUUUUAUACAUAAGCACCAACCCUUGGUUCGUUCCUGGAAAAAAAUUGGUUGGUAGCCAGUGUGGUUCUUUAAAUUCUAGCAAGAUGCAUCCUGUAUAACCAGAUCCAUUUGGCACAAAACUUAGCCCAGUGGCCUGCUUACUAGCAGAGGUUUCAAAGGUUAUAAGGGCAUGGAUAACAGUGGUCAGGCUACCUAUGUCUAGAAGGGUGUCAUUGUUGGUGCCCUAAUCUGAACUAAUGAAAGGCACUUUAUGCCAUAGAAAGCACUGAAUCCAGUUCAAACAAUGAACCUGGAUCUUCAAGAGGAAUUUGACCCCAUUCAGACCAGGUUGAACCCUACCUCCCUGGUCGGAUGAAUAAUUUAUCUGGAAUGAGUUUUAGUUUAUUUGUGCUCUACCACUCAAUUACUGAACCCAAAUACUGGUUUCAUUGAAUCUGAUCAAUAGUCAAAGUAGGGCUGAGUGUCUUCUAGCAAAGGGGAGAAAUUGAUUAGGUUUGCAUUUUAAUGAUAAACUAUCAAGUUUGCCCUUCCUGGAAUCAAUAUAUGAAAUGAAACACAGCUCUUCUUCAAAAUUUGCACUUCUUCAAAUUAUGCCAUGCAGCUCUCCAACCAAAAAGGGGUACAAAAAUGUAUAUAUUAGUGAAAACAAUGCUAAAAUGCAUUGUGUUAAACUUGGAAAAAUACUUAUGCUAGGCUAAAUUGCAUACAAAUGUGCAUAUUAGGAGAAAUAUGCACAAAAUGCCUAUGAAUUUUCAUGCAAAUAUAUGCAGAAAUGGGACAAACCAAACUAAAGAUUGGCAAGGUGAGAAACUGAGAGAAAUAAAAAUUGACUGAUUGAUUCAUCUCUUAUAUUAUGAAUAUACACUGAUAACAUCUGCCUCUCUGAAUGACUUGUCUAAGCAACUUAAUGUAGAUAUUAAAUAGUACAGGAGACUAUGCCACUGGAUUGAUCAUCCAGGUAGGAAAGGAAUCAGCAUAAUUGUCUAGAAUUCCUAAACAGCCUGCCCAGGUUUGAUUGGAGAAGAAAUAUUAGACCGUAUUGGCAGACAGAGUAUAAUGGAAUUAAGUAAAUAUGAAGUGUAAAGAUAGAGGAGAAUUAAAUAUUUUUGAAUGUUAAAAUGUUAAAAUAAGCAAAUGAUAAGAAGGCUAGAAGGAUUUGCUGGAGAUACAAUUUGAACUAGAAUACAAAGCAGAGAAGUGAGAGGAAGUCACGGAAAUAAGUAAAUGGGAAAACGGUUUGUUUAAAUUGAAUUUUUCUUUUGUUACUUUUUUAUUGUGAUUUUUUGUCUUGUGUUUUUUUUUUUUUUCUUGUAUGGUGUGUCUCUUUUGUAAGAUGUAUGUGAUUGGUUUUUCUUGCUUUAUUUUUUCUUUUUUUGUAAUCUUAAAAUUUGAAUAAACAUUUAAAAAAAAAUAAAAAAUAAAAUAAACAGCCUGCCCAGGUUUGAGAUUCAUUGUUUUAUAAGUCAGAAUGGAGUGCAGAGGGUAUGCGAUCGGAAAUGAUGGCAUGUCUUAAUGCUUUCCAGAAUAAGGCUGACGACGAGCAGCAAUCCCUCUUUGCCGUCUUUGAUGAAAACAAGAGCUGGUAUUUGGAGGACAAUAUCAAGAGAUUCUGCAGCAAUCCCUCUACUGUUAAGAGAGAUGACCCCAGAUUUUACAAGUCCAAUGUCAUGCACAGUGAGUAGAAACCUGACCCAGAAUUUCACUAAGCCUCUGAGAGCUCAACUUCAGUAGUGUGAAAUAAAAUUAUGUGGGUGUUUUUUAGUUUUUAAUGGAAGAAUAGCAUGCUGUUUCCAUAAUGCUUGACUGCUUGAUGGCAUUCACUACACUACACCAAUACAAUGCUACAAGUUACAUAGAAAUAAAGUGAUAGACUAAGGCGGCAAAAUUCAACAUUGUACCACUUGAGAAGAGGGAUCAUAUUGUUUUGAGCUUGUCAUCGGAUUGCUUUGAUCAAAUGUCUGGGGCAGGGCCAGCCCGGGACUUUCUGCCACAAUCUGCAGCCUCUGUCACAUGCAGUUCUAUUUUUAAAAACUAUGUUAAUUAUAAAUGUUUACGCUACAAAUGAGCAAUCAUCUUUUUGAAUGCUCGCCCUGUGUAAAAAAAAGCUCCCUGCAUGAAGUAACUUAGCCCAGGUUAAUGUAAUCUUCCCCUUGAUGAGUUAGUUAUUACGGUAGAUGCAGGGAGCCGCCUUAUGCCUGAGAAUAUUAAACAAAAUACAAUUAAAUGAUAAGAUCUUCCCAUGCAGUCAAAAGUGGUAGAGCCCAAAUUUCUGCUUUGUCAUUAUGUGUAACAUGUUCCUACAGGUGUCUGUUUCAUUCCUCUUAUAAUGUCCAUCGGAUCUGGAAAUUUGAUAUGCUCCUGGUAAAGUUAUAUAUUCUUUGUUAUAUUGUUGUUGUCGUUUUUAUUUUAGCUAUCAAUGGCUAUGCAUCUGAUAGAACAGAUAUCCUUGGAUUUUGUCAGGCUAAUAUUAUUAAAUGGCACCUCACCAGUGUUGGCACACAGGAUGAGAUAGUGCCAGUGCAUCUUUCUGGCCAUACUUUCCUGAACAGAGGAAAACAUCAAGAUAUCUUGCAUCUUUUCCCAAUGAGUGGUGAAUCGGCUACAGUGACCAUGGACAACGUCGGUUAGUAGCAACCUAUAAAUCCUGUUCUCACAGUGGCCAAUUAGAUGCCCAUGGGAGGCUCGCAAACAGAAGCUGAGCACAGCAGCACUCUCCCCUCCUGCCGUUUCCAGGAAUUCAUAUUAUUCAGAUUGUUUCCCUUUUCUUUAGAGUGAUAGUCUCCUUUCCCCAAGAGUGGCAUUCUCCCUGACAUUAGUGGAGCUAUUGGGAGUGGAACAAAACCACAAAAUCCCCCAAAGGCCUCAUCCACCCACCUUUCUGCCUCUCUCAAAUUUUCCAGGUCAGCCACCUUGGCCUCAAAGGAACAAAAUUGUUCCCAGAGAGCCAGGAGCUCAUUGGACCAAGGACACCUCCACCCCUGCUGGCUUUCUACCUGCCUAACUGUUUUGUGGUUUACUGAGUUACUUUAUUAGAAACUUACAUUUUGUUUGGGUCAAGGAGACGAGGGUCAGCGUAGUGUGCCCUGGGUUUCUCACUUUGCUGCUGAACUCGCUUAGCUGUUGUAACACAAAGCCUUGAUGCUUUAUCAGAUGGGCCUCUCUGUAGCUCAGGAGUUGUAGUCCAACAAAAUUUGGAGGUCCACAGGUUCCUCAUCCCUGUCUUGGUGGGAGACAACAUAUUGCAAAAAAUAAUAAUAUAUAUAUAUAUUUGUAAUAGAGUUCUCUGGUUCUGCAAUAUUGUAAUGAGGUUAAAGUUUGGUGUGAAUCCUUUACCACCAUUUGUGAGCCACAGAAUUUACAUUCAGGUGUCCGAGAAAGGCAAACUGUACAAGUAGUAUGAAUAAUGCACAUUAUUCUGAAUUUGCAGGAACCUGGCUUUUAUCAUCAUGGGGUUCCCAUGAGAUGAGCAAUGGAAUGAGACUUAGGUUUAGAGAUGCCACUUGUGAUGAUGUUGAUUACACAGAAAGUUAUGAUGACGCUUCAGAUUAUGCACUGGUCACAUUUUCAUCUGAGAAAAGUGACACAGCAGCACUAAAGGAGGAGAAAGCGGACAGAAGUAUGAUAAAUGAAAAUGUCCUUGAUAACUAUGAGGAUCAAACUGAAGAUGACUUAGAACAAGAUAUGUAUGCUUUGAUGCUCGGACUUCGAUCACAUCGUAAUGGAUCGAUUGCUGAAGAAGAAGAAAAGCUGAAUAUCACUGCUCUUGCCAUACAAGAAGAAAUUGACAGCACCCGCAAUAAGACUGAUGGUAAUGUAACUGUGAACUCACAUCUGGUGUUCACAAAUAACAGCGAUACUUUACAUGGUGAUAAAGUGUUGGAAAGUCCAAGCAGUGCUUCGAAUACAGCUGCACUUGACUCCCUCCAUCCUAAUUACACAUCUUUGGCAAAUGAUACUUUGAUUGCAAAUGUUGCCGCAGUGGUUAGAAACUGGUCCUCUGAACAAGGCAAAAGUAACCGUACUUCACAUGGUGAUGAUGUGCUGAAAAGUCCAAGUACUGCUCCGAAUACAGCUGCACUUGACUCUCUCCAUCCUAAUUACACGUCUUUGGCAAAAGACACGUUAAUUGCAGAUAUGACUGCAGUGGUUAGAAACCUGUCCGCUGAACAAGGAAAAAGUAACCCUACUUUGCAUGGACCUUCUACAGAGAAGGAGCAAGAAGAUAACGAAGGUGAAAAGGAUACACAGCAUGAAAAGAGGGAAAGGCAAGGUCUAACAGAGGCAGUAUUAUUUGCCCUUAAAGAGAUGUAUGCCCUGCUGUUUCAUGUACAACAAAAAAGAAAUCUUUCUGCUUUAGACAACACCACUUCAGAUAUUCCAUUUCUUCCCAUUCCCAGUGCAGAAACUGCUUCCAGCUUAGAUGCCAGUCACCUUUCACAUUAUCUUUAUGAUUAUGAGGAUGAAGAGGAAGCAAAUACUGAGUUUUCCAUGCUUUCAACAAAUGUACCUUUGGCUGGAGUAGAGACAGUGGAAAACAAUGGUUCUGAACAAGAGUUGUUGGAAGAUCAACAAUAUGAUGAUUUGACUUCUGAUGGUAUGUUAGACAGCUUUGCUUCUACUCCCAUCCCAAAGCCCACAGAGAAUUUGAAGGACUCACCUCAGCAGAGGCCAAAGUGUCCUCCCAAAAAGAUGGCUUCUGAAUGGAAUAUUGUUUCUGAGAAGGUGAUUUAUGAUACAGAAGCAGAUCUCACCAAACCUGUUGACAAUAAACUACAGAACAGCUCCAGAAAUGUCACCUUGUAUCCAGAAAAUACCAUGUUCCUUAGCAAGAGAAAGCAGGAGACAUACAAAGCUGGCUCCCAGCUUGAGUUAGGCCAACUAGAAAUGAAUAACAAGCAGGAAGCCCUGAAUGAAAAGAGAAAGGUGAAUUGUACCGUCAGUACACCUGGAACUUUCCAGAAGGCUCGGCGAAAGAAAAGAAAGCCAAGAGUCUUAGCACCGAGAACUUCCAAACCUCUAAUGUCACCUAGAGGAUUUGGCAGCAACCAAGCCUCCAUUGAACGCAACCAUACCAUGCUGCCAAAUGAGGUGUAUGAUACUUUGACACCAAAAGAGGAUAAACCAGAGGUCAAAUUAGGUUUUAUAGGCGACGAUGGAGAAUAUAUGGAAUAUGACAUAGACAGCACAAUCUAUGACGACAGCAGCAGUGGCUCUUAUGAAUAUGAGACAGUACACUAUCACGACCCAUAUAUAAGAGACCCCCGACUUGACAGUUAUACAGCACGUAACCCAGAUGACAUAGCUAAGCAUUACAUCCGGACUAUGAACAAUGCAAACAUAAGGAGAUACUACAUUGCAACCGAAGAGGUUCUCUGGGAUUAUGCGGGACCAAGAAAAAGGUUUGGAUGAAUUAUUUCUCUCUGACCCAAUUCCAUCUUGCUGGCUUUAGUGCAACGCGCUAAGCAGUGCAAUCCUAUUCAUGUCUACUCAGAUGCAAAUCCCCCCUCGGUAAUUGUGUUUAGAAUUGCAGCUUAAAACCUUUUAGAAUACGUCAGUCUUUAUUAAUGGGCUGUUUUUAUUUAUUUUAAAUAAAUAAAUAAGUCCAUUUGUUUCUGGGCAAAUGGUUGCCCAAAGUGGCUUACAAUAUAAAGCAACAAAUGAUGAAAAGAACAAUAAAUAAUAUACCGUAUUUUUCGGACUAUAAGACGCACUUUUUCCCCUCCAAAAAUGAAGGGGAAAUGUGUGUGCGUCCUAUGGGGCGAAUGCAGACUCCUUGGCUUCAGCGAUAGCAACGCGAAGCCUCCGAAGCCUGCGCUCCGGAGGCUUCGCGUUGCUUCCGCUGAAGCCAGGAGAGUCUGCUCUUUGAGGCUGGCGGUGGGGGAAAGCAGCGCUUCCCCCAUCGCCAGCCCCAGAGGAUGGGGGGCCGCAGGAAGGCGCGCGACGCCCUCCCGCUACUCUCCAACCCUCCUGUGGCCUAUUGCGGGAGAUGGGGUAAUGCCCCCACCUCCCGCAAAAGCCGCGCGCUCUUUAAAGGGGCUCCGCGGCUUCUGCGGGCUUUUCUAGGAGGUGGGGGAAUUCCCCCACCUCCUAGAAAAGCCCGCAGGAGCCGCACACCCUUUAAAGAGCGAGCGGCUCUUGGGGGCUUUUCCCCAAGGAGGGAGAAGGGACUGAUUGGCCGUUUCAGUCCCUUCUCCCUCCUGGUCGAAAAGCCCGCAGGAGUCACGCGGGGCUCCUGUGGGCUUUUGCGGGAGGUGGGGGAAUUCCGCCACCUCCCACAAAAACAGGGAGAAGGUCUUGGGUAGCGCACAGGCUGCGUGCAGCCUGUCCGCUGCUCCCGGAGCUGCGGGGGGGAAAUCAUAUUUUUUUCCUUGAUUUCCCCCCCUGAAAACUAGGUGCGUCCUAUGGGCCGGUGCGUCCUAUAGGGCGAAAAAUACGGUAACCAUAAAGCAACAACUCAUCAACAGUCCACGCACACUCCAUCAGGACUGAUCGAUUUUGGGUACUUCUUGAUCAUCAGAAUCAGGUGGUUAAGCCCGCAAAUCUAGGAAACUAUUCUUUUUUAAUUUAUUCAUUAGGGGAUAAUGGGUUGUACCACUUUGUCAUGUGUAGAGUUCCGCUCAUGCAAGGGGACUUGCUCCCUAUAUGUCCUCAUAAUCUGUUCUGGAUGGUCCUUCAACCCUCUAGAGCAGAUUUUGAGGGUGCAUGAGGGGCUGCAGGGGAGAGGAGGGGAAAGAUUCAUUCCACAAGCAGAAGUAUGUUGCAGAAGCAGAACAGCAGCACUGGGCACAAUCCAGUCUCUUUAUUUUCUUUCUUUAAAGCACAAAAUACUUCGGUGGGGCUGUUUCAGGAAGUACACUGAGCGCCUCUAAGCAGACGGGCAAAUGCAACCAUGUUUGCUUAGUUAUAUUAAAUCAGUUAAUGUUUAAUAUUUUUACCCCACUCUGCUGUUGGUAGAACAUUUCACAUCCAAAAUGUACAAUGCAGUUAAAAACAAAAACGUCAUGUCAGUUAGGAAAAAUGUUCAUGUAAGCCACACCAAACAGCAAUCAAGUUAAAAACAACAGCAGUACUCAUUCAAAGAAAAAUGAUUUUUAGUUUCUGCCUACAACGGCAACAAAGAAGGAGUUGGGUAAAUCUCAUCCUGUCUAUACAGAAGGGCCCUGUGAGCUACAAUUCUCAAAGUUCCCUAGGAAUAGGAAUUGACUGUUAAACCAAUCUGACAAUUAUAGCUCUGUGAGAGGAAUAUGUUCACCUAACAAUGCUCAGCAUUCUUAACAAACUACAGUUCCCAUGAUUCUUUGGGGGAAGCCAUGAUUCUUUAAAGUGGUGUGAUAUAGCUUCAAAUGUACAAAGCAGAUUGGGCCAGAGUCACAGAGCCGAAAUAGAUGCCCUUUUGCUUUGAUUCUGCAGUAGCUUCACCAUUUCUCAGUCUCCAAGUGCUUACUGAUAUUAAAAAUUUACCCACAAAAAAGUUAUUGUUUAUUUACAGUCUUUUCAUCUCAAUCCUUCCAUGUCCUCAGUACAGUGAAAAGUGGCCCAGCCAGGACAGGGUACAAAAAAGUGAUUUUCCGAAGUUAUCAAGACGAUACUUUUAGGACACCUGAAGCUGGAGGGGAAUAUGAGGAACACCUUGGCAUCCUGGGUCCUGUCAUUAGAGCUGAGGUGGAUGAUGUCAUCCAAGUAAGUUCAUGUUCCCAGUCUUUGAAUAAUUGAGGGCAUUUCCCCCCCCCUUUUUUUAAUAACUUCAAAAUAAAAAAAUGGAUUUCAUUUUUGUUUGGGUGUGUUAAAAGAAAUAAAUAAAUUCCCUAAAAGACCAUGUGUCUUCUUGUGGCUGAGUUCAGGACUGGGCAUUACUAAUGAAACUAGAAGCAUAAAUAUAUAUAACAAAUCCUUUUGAAUGCAGCCUGAACAAUACUCGCCAAUGUGCUCUGAAUGCAACAAUAUUGCAUGAACUUCUUAUAGCAUGGGGGGCGGGGAAUAUGUGAUAUGGCUCCCAGAUUUUGUUUGACUUCCAUCAGCCCCAGUCAGUAUGGCCAAUAGUCAUGAAUGGCUUUUGGAGUCCAGCCAUAUCUGUAGGACCACAGGUUCCUUCUCCCUGCUGUAGUCCAUUUACAUGUAUAACACAUAAGGGUUUCUUAGUCUGUCUUCUCCUAUGAGAUUUUCUACUGCAGAAAGCAAAGGUGAAGUGAGUUUCCUUUCCUUCUCAUUACCCCCAACUCUUGAAAGUGUGAAACAUGGUUGAAGGAAACUUCCACUGACAGCAAUGAAAUGCAUGCACUACAAACUGACCUGCAACGAGAUGGGGCAGUGUAAUUUGUAUUUUAGAUAUAUGUUGCCAUUUUUAAAUCAAAACCGAUAGCAAAAUGAUUCAAAUCAGCCAGCCAUGUCUUCUUUCAGGAUUCCAUUCUCUCCUCCCAGAUUUCCAACAGACACUUAGCAUUCAAUGGCUACUGAGCAUGCCCAGUCUUCAUUGGAUUGGUGGGGGGAGGGGGUUUGCAUGGGGGGUCCCUCCUAGAUUCUUUUCUAUUUUUUUUUAACUUCAGCAAACUUCGAGACUUACCUCCAAGCCUGCUGAUAUUCUUUGGUGUGGAUUUUAACUACAUGAGUAUCAACGCUUGGAGAACUGAGCUUGUUAAGAAUACACAGAGUAGGAUUACUGUAGUACUAAUUUAUGUGUGCCGUACAUGGGAGCAGAAAUGCAUAGCAAAUCUAAAUUCCAGGUAGGGCUGUGAAUGGCUCCUUUCUGAAAUUCUGGAGAGCUACUGCCAGGUAGUGAAGACAGUACUGAGCUAGAUGGAUCAAUGGUCUGACUCUCUACAAGGCAGCUUGUAUUGUUCCUAAAUUAAACAACUUGGUUACAGUCAGAAGACAGGUAGCGACAACCAUUUAUAAUUAAAGCAUUGCAUAUGCCCAGCUUGUUGAUCUGUACAGACAGACAGCUGUGCACAAUAAGUACAUCCCAAGACAGAUUUUCUAACCUGUCUAUAGUUUCAAAGAAAUUUUCCCAUGGGAGUGGAGUUCUAGAUGUGACUUGAUGUAGUCUCCAAAAUCUGAACCCAGGAUAAUAAAGCUUUAAGUUUUUGGAAGGGAGGUUUUCCACCUUCAUAACUGCUAAUCGCUGUCCGUUCAACCAGGCAGAGGGCCUGCUUGGUAGUGGUUCCCACCCUGUGGAAUGCCCUCCCAUCAGAUGUCAAGGAAAUACAGUCGUCUCUUGGAUCCCAAACACCUUGGUACUUGGACAUUUUGGCUUCUGAAUGCCGCAAACCCAGAAGUGAGUGUUCAAGUCUGCAAACGUUCUUUGGAACCCGAACGUCCAGCAGGGCUUCCGCGGCUUCUGAUUGGCUGCAACAGCUUCCUGCAGCCAAUCAGAAGCCGCGCUUUGGUUUCCUAAUGUUUUGGAAGUCGAAGGGACUUCCGGAACGGAUUCUGUUCGACUUCCAAGGUACGACUGUAAACAACUACCUGACUUUUAGGAGACACCUGAAAGCAACUCUGUUUUGGGAAGUUUUUAAUGUUUGAUAUUUUAUCGCUUUAUGAUGAUGAUGUUGGGAGCUGCCCAGAUGGGCAGGGUGUAAAUAAAUUAUUAUUAUUACUAUUACUAUUAUUAUUAUUAUAGAUUCACUUUAAAAAUCUGGCCUCCAGGCCAUAUUCUCUCCAUGCCCAUGGGCUUUAUUAUGAAAAGUCUUCUGAGGGUAGAAGCUAUGAUGACCAGUCUCCAAAAUGGUUUAAAGAGGAUGACGCAAUCCUGCCAAAUGGCACCUAUACUUACGUCUGGCAUGUGACCCAACGGUCAGGACCUCCAGAAGGUCAGAGAACAUGUAAAUCCUGGGCCUACUACUCUGCUGUAAACCCGGUAAGGCAAUCUAAUACAGAAAGUUUUUGUUUUUCUUUUAAAGCAGUAAUACUUCUGUGGAAUCCUCUGAGUGAAAAGGGAAAUGAAUUCUUUCAACAGUAAUGAAGAACAUGUUGGCUAAUUUGGCUUCAAAUUUGUAUGCCUUUUGCUUUUCAGAUAUAUCUUGGAUUUGAGAUUCCCUUAACAUUUAACAUUCAUGAAUUACUAAUAUGAUUUAAUUUAUUAUCAGCCUUUCACAAGCUGGUCCCAGGACAGGUUACAGCAAUUUAAAAUUCAGGAUUUAAACAGUUUAAAUUUAUUACAUAUGAAUAUAUCUGCAUCAGAAUGAAGUGAACUGAUGCUUUCAAAUAAACCACAAGAGCAGCAAUUCAUUUAUCUGAGAAACUAAUUUUGGAACCUCUUUCCUGUCUUGUUUUGUAGGAAAAAGAUAUUCACUCUGGCUUGAUUGGGCCAGUCUUGAUCUGUCAAAAAGGAAUGCUUGACAAGUAUAGCAAGCCAAAGGACAUGAGAGAAUUUGUCCUGCUUUUUAUGGUCUUUGAUGAGGAGAAAAGCUGGUACUUCAAUAAAUAUAAAAGAAAGACUCAUGCUGAGAGGAUUUCCGGAGCAAAAAGGCACCAUAAAUUUCCUGGUAUAGAUGUUUUCCUUUGUCUACUAUGAGAUCCCUAGUGAUGACGAAUAAUAACUAUGACUAUAUUGAAGAAAAAUGAUAGGGAUGUUUUCUGAAUGUUAACAUUUUACAGACACAAAACACUUGCAUGAGAUUUUUUCUCUCUCUGUUGUCACCCAUGUUCCUGAUAAGAGUUCAAAUAUAGUAGGUUUACAGUCAGAGGUCUCAAAUUGUUUUAGCACAACCAGUCCUGCUAUUGAUUAUUCCCUUGCACUAAUAUCAAACUCAUCUUAUCUUAUUUUGCUUCAAAUAUUUUCCUGUUUCAUUCCAAGGCCUCCCUCUUGAUACAUGUUAAUGUAUUCUGUUAAUAUUUAGUUAACAGAAAAAAUAUAAUUAACCUCCAUCAUAAUAUACAAGUCGGUUUUCUCUUUAUUCGUCAAACUUAACACUAUAUCCUUACUCUCACUUUCAAAUUGAAUUAUUCUAUUUAAAGAAAGUUUAACUAGAAAGGCAGAGAUAUUUCUCAAGGCCAUUGUUUAUCCCAUCAGUGGGCACUAAUGAGCAAAAGUUAAAAAGUUUUAAGCCCCUUGGAUUUGAGCUUAUAUUUAACUCUUUUCCAUUGAAACUGGAAGGGCUUGAAGUAUUCAGUGCUGACUGGAUUACAUCCAUUUUAAUUUUCCACAUCCAACCUGACAUUUGUAAAGCUAACUUUCGCUAAAGCCCUUGAAAAUCGCAGGUGGCAAGGAGCACAGUUCCUGGGUGCAUUAUUUGAAGGUGAUGCCUCCAUUGAGAAAAUAGGGACCAACUAUGUGUUGUGGUUCUGUGAUUAGAACUUCCAACAUAAUUGUUGUCUUGUAAAACCAGCCAGUUGGCGUGUCCCAGUUUGGAUGGUAGUGCCUGUAAAUCUUCGUUUGCUACUAGCAACUUCAGGUGGUGGUGGUGGGGACUAUUAGAGGCUUCUGCAGCUUCAGAGAAAGAGGUGAAACAGGACGUGCCGCCCCUGGUGACAGCAAAAAACAAAUUACCCAAUGUUGCCACAAGACCAUUAGAUUUCCAGGUUACUACUGUAUGCUAUGAUGAUACUAUCUUAAUUAAACCACGGUGCUGAAAUAUUCUUCUAUGUCAAGGCUUUGAAGAACUAAGUAGUUAUAGAAAUUGCAGUUAUGCAUCUCAACGUUUUUUUAAAAAACAACAACCACAGAAGGAUAUGUGUGCUGUUUCUUAAUCUCUGAUCCCAUGUUCUUUUUUGUUCCAGCUAUUAAUGGGGUUUCAUACCACCUUCAGGGGUUGCGGAUGUUUACGGAUGAGAAGGUCCACUGGCAUUUGAUAAACAUGGGUGGGCCAAAAGACAUUCAUGUUGUUAAUUUCCACGGUCAGACAUUCACAGAACAGGGAAGGGAAGAUCAUCAGCUUGGUGUCUAUCCUCUUCUUCCUGGUAAAUAUAAUCAGAUGGAUCCGUAUAUUGUUGUCAGAAAAUUAAAUGCUCUUCUCUAUGGUGUUGGAAUGACUCUGAAGAAUUCUUAAGUAGUUAUAUCAAUGUGAAUAAAAAAAGAAUAUGAUUUUUUUUUAAAGAAUGACAAAUGACUCAGUCCAUGUAGGUGUAUAAACAACCCCUGAUUUCCAUGGUAAAUGGUUGAGAAAUUAUUGCAAUAGAAUCCACUUUGCCUCCAUUAGCCUUCUGAGAUGCACUGGCUAACUCCUUUAGGUUACAUAAGAAGAGAGGUGAGAAACUGGAUCCAGCUGGUAGUCUGGAUCCUAAUAUUCUCCAUCACCACGGGCCACUUUGACAGGGGAGCAGGCACCCACCACCUGUCAAUCACCUGCGAUCACCUUGACAUCGGGCUAAGCAUUUCUCUUUGCAGACUGGGUUGAAUAUAAGUUAGUAUGCAAAGAGAAAAUGUUCUUGUCUACAGAUCUGCUCUGCUUUAUUGAUUUUUAUCAGAAAUCCUAACGUAUGCAGUGAAAAUAUAGCAUGAGAAUACAUAGCUGGCAGUCUAAGGCUGAAUACAGUGGUACCUUGGGUUACAUACGCUUCAGGUUACAGACUCCGCUAACCCAGAAAUAGUACCUCGGGUUAAGAACUUUGCUUCAGGAUGAAAACAGAAAUUGUGCUCUGGGGGCGUGGCAGCAGCAGGAGGCCCCAUUAGCUAAAGUGAUGCUUCAGGUUAAGAACAGUUGCAGGUUAAGAACGGACCUCCAGAAUGAAUCAAGUACUUAAGCCGAGGUACCACUGUAUGAUUUAACCAAGAGCAACCAAAAAAACUGGAUGUUUGUGAAAGUUCAGGAACCUUGUACCUGAUAUCUAAUUCCUGUUAGUGCAGAAUCUUAAAAAGCAGUAGGCUUUGGUUAAAUAUGAUGCUGCUCUACACUUCUGACCACAUUUGCAGUUUAGACAUGCUUAACAAAAAUGUGCAUGCAUUUCCUUUCUGCUUUUAAGGUUCAUUUGGUACUGUUGAAAUGAAACCGUCAGGAGCUGGCACGUGGCUUUUAAAAACAGAAGUCGGUGAAUAUCAGGAAGCAGGAAUGCAAGCCUCCUUUACUGUUAUAGAUACAGGUAACAGAGUUUAACCAUAUUGAACCUCACAAAACAGGAUACAUAAGUGUCAUUGCAUGGUUGGGAAGCAGUGUGUGUGCAGUGGGAUUAGCUAUUGCUAGUAAAUGGAGCGUUGUGUUGUAUCCAAUACAGCACUGGUCCAACUGUUAGGAUCGUCCUACUCGCGUGUAGGACCCUGGCAGAGACACAUGCCCGACUAGCAUGUUCUUUCCCUCCUGGUCGAUCGUUCAGAAAGCUUCAAAUGCUUUCUUCAGCCCGAACAUCACAGCGACUGUACCAAGAGGCAUCAGCACACUUACGAUCCUGCAGAGUAUUUGCAGUUUGCAUAACAGAACUCAGUAGCACAGCAUUUUGGCUAAUCUACAUUUAUUUGCAUAUAAUACACUCGGAGCAUUCUGACUUAGCUCCUUCCUCUUUCUCAUCAGACAGCAAAGAGAGAAAGAACAAAGGACAAUAGUCCCACUUCACGGAACACAGUAAUACCAAAACAUCCUGUCUCCGUCACUUCCCACACUGUGGAAUGUAAACACACACUGUCAUGUGAUAGACAACAAUCCCAUGACUGCAAACACGGAGCAAGAAUCCUAACAACUCAGAGUAGAUGCACUGAAAUUAAUCAAGAUGGCUUACUCAUGUCUAUUAAUUUUAGUAAGUCUAUUUUGACGAAAACUUUGUUGGAUGCAACCCAUUGUCACUGGGACAGGCCCUGAUUGGGGGGUACUGGCAGAGUUUCCAGGGAUGCUGGGAUCAUGUCUGCCAUUUUUAUGCUGUUUUUUUUUAAAAAAAGUCUGGCUGUGUAUUUUUUUCUUCCCAUCCUAGACUAAGUGCACACAAGAUGUAGCAAUGGUGCAUCUCCAUCUCACCCCCAGGUGUAUCCUAGGGUAUAGGAUUGCUCUGCCUACCACCAGAAUUUAGGUAGGCCUAAUGCGUUUGAUCCCUCUCAAUAGGAUGCAAGCUGCCCAUGGGUCUAGCAAGUGGCAUUAUAAAAGACUCACAGAUCAGUGCUUCGAACUACAUAGGUAAGUUAAAUUUCAAAGUGAAGGAAUUUAAGUCGUUGUUGAAUAAGUUUUGUCUCUUUGUAAGUGAUAUCCUUUAAAUUCUAGCCUUUAGCAAUGGAACCACUACACAAUAGACUACUGCUUUAAUGAACACCCACGUUCUGUGGUGGCCCAACAUUAACAUUUCCAUUUUCCCCCAUUGUGGUAGACAUAAAUUAUCUUUCAUGGUACCAAAAUGGACAGCACAAAUGGGUAAUAUACUAACUAGUAGGCAUGCAAUAUAACAUACUGAAUAUAACGUGUUUGUUUAAAUAUUUUUAUUUACAAUAUUUAUAAAUAUUACAAUAUUGUAAUCUUUACAAUAUUACAACAACAACACAUUUUUUUUCCAAAUAUAAACAAUUGUGAAUUGUCCUGGCAUUUGUACAGACUCUUAUGAUGUAUUAUAAUUCUUAUUCUAAAAAUCAUCACUCCAUUUUUCCAUAUUUGUUAGUUUCUUACCAUAGUCCACAUGAUUAAUAUAUUAUAUAAAUAUUUGCCACAUAUUGCAAAAUGAAAAUAGAUUAUGCUUGCCUCUGGCUGCUCUAAUUUGACAGGUCAGUUUCUCAGCCAUUCAGUGUGGUUGGGAUGGUGUUUGGUUUAGCAAGCAAAGACCUGCUCUAUAAAUUGGUUCUGAAAAUGCCAUCUCAACCUACGACUUGCCCUGCUGGUGAUGAAUUAUCAACAGCAAAUUUUUCAUUUGAAAUGCAUUACACUGUGUUUGUUUUAGCAAGUUCUAGACUGCUCCUAAGAGGGACGUGGGUGGCACUGUGGUGUAAACCACUUAGCCUUGGGCUUGACGAUCGAAAGGUUGGCGGUUAGAAUCCCCACAACAGGGUGAGCUCCCGUUGUUUGGUCCCAGCUCCUGCCAACCUAGCAGUUAAAAAGCAUGCCCAAAAGUGCAAGUAGAUAAAUAGGUACUGCUCCGGCGGGAAGGUAAACGGCAUUUCCGUGCGCUGCUCUGGUUUCGCCAGAAGUGGCUGAGUCAUGCUGGCCACAUGACCCGGAAAACUGUCUGUGGACAAACGCCGGCUCUCUCAGCCAGUAAAGCGAGAUGAGCAUCACAACUCUGGAGUCAUUCACGACUGGACUUAACUGUCUGGGGUCCUUUACCUUUUUAAAGAAAAAUUCUCACUCACUAUUUUGUUUAGAGAUUGCCAAUGUAUUAUUGAUAAUGUUUAGUAUCUUGUCCAUUCGUGUCAUGAAUGAAUCAGUCAGUUCAAACGUGUUUCCAUCAAAAAUGCAAGGAGCAUGCAAAAAAGGAUGGUAAAGACCUUGGCUGUUCUGUUGGGUUAGAAUGUGUUAGCCUAUUGUAGUUUGUAAUGGGAUUCAAUAGCUUUUAUUUAUUGUUAAUAAUGUAGUUUACAACCACAAAACUGCUUUUUUUAAACAGUUGUUCCGAAAACUGGCAUCGUUUAAGCUUUUCAGUUUCCUUUUGCAAAACAUUUUCUGUUUGGUCUUACCCAGGAUACUGGGAGCCUAAACUGGCAAGAUUAAAUAAUGAUGGAAAAUACAAUGCUUGGAGCGCUGGGAAGAACGAAAGUGAACUUCCCUGGAUCCAGGUAUGAUUUGAUCACAGAAACAGUUUUAUGAGUAUAGAUUUGAAGUAACUUGAUUUAAAAUAGCUUGCUUUUCUUUUUUAGCUUAAAUAAAAAAUGCUGAGUUGAAGGUAUGAUGGCCUGUGUGGGUAAAAGAACCGAAUUCGAAUAUCCUUUAUUAGGCAUAGCAAACCACACAUUAUCAAACAGACACCAUAUACAAACUGUGCAAAAUACAAGCUCAACAUAACAAGGUUUGUCCCAGUCAGAUCUUUAACUCCAGAGAAAAUCAGUUUGCAUAAAUAAUACAAUACAACACUACCAUAUCACCGAUCAAUUUGUUGUUGUUGUUUAGUCGUGUCCAACUCUUCGUGACCCCAUGGACCAGAGCACGCCAGGCACUUCUGUCCUCCACUGCCUCCCGCAGUUUGGACAGACUCAUGCUGGUAGCUUCGAGAAUACCAUCCAACCAUCUCGUCCUCUGUCGUCCCCUUCUCCUUGUGCCCUCCAUCUUUCCCAACAUCAGGGUCUUUUCCAGGGAGUCUUCUCUUCUCAUGAGGUGACCAAAGUAUUGGAGCCUCAGCUUCACGAUCUGUCCUUCCAGUGAGCACUCAGGGCUGGUUUCCUUAAGAAUGGAUAGGUUUGAUCUUCUUGCAGUCCAUGGGACUCUCAAGAGUCUCCUCCAGCACCAUAAUUCAAAAGCAUCAAUUCUUCGGCAAUCAGCCUUCUUUAUGGUCCAGCUCUCACUUCCAUACAUCACUACUGGGAAAACCAUCGCUUUUACUAUACGGACCUUUGUUGGCAAGGUGAUGUCUCUACUUUUUAGGAUGCUGUCUAGGUUUGUCAUUGCUUUUCUCCCAAGAAGCAGGCGUCUUUUAAUUUCGUGACUGCUGUCACCAUCUGCAGUGAUCAUGGAGCCCAAGAAAGUAAAAUCUCUCACUGCCUCCAUUUCUUCCCCUUCUAUUUGCCAGGAGGUGAUGGGACCAGUGGCCAUGAUCUUCAUUUUUUUGUUGUUGAGCUUCAGACCAUAUUUUGCGCUCUCCUCUUUCACCCUCAAUAAAAGAUUCUUUAAUUCCUCCUCACUUUCUGCCAUCAAGGUUGUGUCAUCUGCAUAUCUGAGGUUGUUGAUAUUUCUUCCGGCUAUCUUAAUUCCGGCUUCAGAUUCAUCCAGCCCAGCCUUUCGCAUGAUGAAUUCUGCAUAUAAGUUAAAUAAGCAGGGAGACAAUAUACAGCCUUGUCUUACUCCUUUCCCAAUUUUGAACCAAUCAGUUGUUCCAUAUCCAGUUCUAACUGUAGCUUCUUGUCCCACAUAGAGAUUUCUCAGGAGACAGAUGAGGUGAUCAGGCACUCCCAUUUCUUUAAGAAUUUGCCAUAGUUUGCUGUGGUCGACACAGUCAAAGGCUUUUGCAUAGUCAAUGAAGCAGAAGUAGAUGUCUUUCUGGAACUCUCUAGCUUUCUCCAUAAUCCAGCGCAUGUUUGCAAUUUGGUCUCUGGUUCCUCUGCCUCUUCUAAAUCCAGCUUGCACUUCUGGGAGUUCUCGGUCCACAUACUGCUUGAGCCUUCCUUGUAGAAUUUUAAGCAUAACCUUGCUAGCAUGUGAAAUGAGUGCAAUUGUGCGGUAGUUGGAGCAUUCUUUGGCACUGCCCUUCUUUGGGAUUGGGAUGUGGACUGAUCUCCUCCAGUCCUCUGGCCACUGCUGAGUUUUCCAAACUUGCUGGCAUAUUGAGUGUAGUACCUUAACAGCAUCAUCUUUUAAAAUUUUAAAUAGUUCAGCUGGAAUACCAUCACUUCCACUGGCCUUGUUAUUUGCAGUGCUUUCUAAGGCCCAUUUGACUUCACUCUCCAGGAUGUCUGGCUCAAGGUCAGCAACCACACUACCUGGGGUGUACAAGACAGCCAUAUCUUUCUGGUAUAAUUCCUCUGUGUAUUCUUGUCACCUCUUCUUGAUGUCUUCUGCUUCUGUUAGGUCCUUACCACUUUUGUCCUUUAUUACGGUAAUCUUUGUACGAAAUUUUCCUUUCAUAUCUCCAAUUUUCUUGAACAGAUCUCUGGUUCUUCCCAUUCUGUUGCUUUCCUCUAUUUCUUUGCAUUGCUCGUUUAAGAAGGCUUUCUUGUCUCUCCUUGCUAUUUUUUGGAAAUCUGCAUUCAAUUUCCUGUAUCUUUCACUAUCUCCCUCGCAUUUUGCUUGCCUUCUUCCCCCGCUAUUUGUAAGGCCUCGUUGGACAGCCACUUUGCUUUCUUGCAUUUCUUUUUCAUUGGGAUGGUUUUCGUUGCUGCCUCCUGUAUAAUGCUGCGAGCCUCCACCCAUAGUUCUUCAGGCACUCUGUCCACCAAAUCUAAAUCCUUAAACCUGUUCCUCACUUCCACUGUGUAUUCAUAAGGGAUUUGACUUAGAUUGUAUCUUACUGAUCAAUUAAGAACCACUAAAUCUCUUUAUAAUGGCCUAGUCUUUCUACAUAGACAGCACUCAGAAAUUCAGCCACUAUUAAAGUAAUUUGAUCAUUCCUGUCCGAGAGCAGGUCCUGAACCGUUGGUAGCAUAGAAUUGAGCCUGUUGAGUGGACGGACUCUAAUAAUUGUCUUCUGGCAUAAAUGCCAAAAUCACAAGAAAAGAAAAUAUGCUCCAAAGUAUCAUGUUCCUGUUUACUACAUUUGCAGAGAUGCUCUGAUUCUGGGAGAGCUAAAUAUCUUCCUCUUACUAUCAUCGAGGGAAACAUAUUAAAUCUGGCUAACAUAAACAGGCUGCACAAUUCACGAUUCUUCAGAUUUGUCAUGUAUCCCUUUUGGAAAAUCUCUGCACAAAGGGAGAUUUAAAUAGAGAGGAGAGCAAGUGCUGUGCUUUGCAACCUCAAGAGUGGAGAGAACACUUUUUUUCUGAAAAAUUCUUCCUGAUAAUUUCCCAAGUAACUUUGGGGUCAGAAUUUUCAAGGGUAAAAGAACCAAUAGACUAGACAUCAGAAGGUCCUUAAGCUUUGAACUUCUGGAAUAGCCUGAUGGAUAAAGUUGCAGGCCGAAGAGCAUUGUUGUACUUGAAACAGAGUAGGAUAAAUUUAUUAAACAUCUCUUGUAACUGCAAAAAUGGAAAAUGUUCAGAAAAGAGCAUGCAGUAUGAUUAAGGAGCUGGAACAACUCCCCUAUGAGAAAAGGUGGCAACAAUUGGACCUUUGCAGGUUAAAUAAAAAGCGGAGUGAGGGGUAGGGCAUGACAGAGAUCUAUAAGAUAAUGCAUGAUGUGGAGAACGUGGUGAAAUUUUCUCUCAUUAUACCAUAACUCACAGGACUGUCCAAUAAAGCUAAAUGAUGGAAGAAUCAGGACAGACCAAAUAAAUUCUAUUUUCAUGCAAAGCUAAACUCUGGAAUUCACUUUCAGAAAAUGUAGAGCUACCACCAACUUGGAUGGCUUUAUAAGAGGAUUAAACAAAUAUUCCAUCAAUACUAUCCAGGACAUCAUGCCUCUGAAUACCAGUUCCUAGGAGUCACAAAUGUGGGGAGUGCUGUCACAUUCCAGUGCUGCUUGUGGGCUUCCUACAGGCAUCUGGCUGGCCUGUCAGAACAGGACACUGGACUUUGAUGGGCUUAAUCUUAAAUUUGUGGGGCUCUAAAUAAAUUCAUAUUCUUCCAUUUGAGACUGUUGGGGUCAUAUUUUCCUUUUAUGAGCUUUGGAAAGCUUAUACCUUCCCUCUUCUUUGAAGGUAUCAGGGACAGCUUCAAUCUGAGAUGAGAUGCUAGGUGAUGUGGAUUUGUAUCAAUAUAAUCUGAUGGAUUGCCAUGUUUGGUGUCAGGCCAAAUUGCCUAAAGAUGCCUGGCUGGGCCUGUGUGGCUUCUUGAUAGUCUUGUGUGAGUCAUCUGGUGGCCCAAUAGGUUGUUUGUGACGAGAUAACAAGCAGUGGGUUAAAAGUUGUUUGGGUCUGGGAAUAGGAAUAGGGGAUUGACCUAUAGGCCCUGUGAUCACGUCUGUAAUCUUCUCAACUCUGCAGUUCUGUGUCAUCUUUGAAAAAGAAAAUAUUAAGCCUAUUGUAGUGGCUACGAAUGUUUUGAAACAUCUUUCUGAAGUUCAUGGCUGAGACAGAGAGAGAUUUGAGGUCCAUCUGCGGGCUUGCGUGUGCUUAGGGCAAUUUGGCACACUUCUACUUCAUCAGCUAGGGUAGAAAGGUCACUUAAUACUGUUUAUUUGAAUUCUGAAUAUCUAGAGAAAGGGCUUUUGUACUGGUAAAUAGUACCACUACUGAAAGAACAUAAACAAAAGACAAUGCCCCCAGAACUUAGAAGGAAAAUAUGAUUUUAAAGGAAAAUAUGACCUAUCAACAAAAGUGUUGUUUUCUACUUCUGACUUGCUCUCUGUUUGCCCCUUGCUACAAAAUGGUUCAUGGCCUUCACCAGGUCAGAAGAUCUUUGCUGUAUCCAGUUAUAUAUUCCUGUCACUGUGCAAUCAUGCAGAUGCCAAAUGUUUUUCCAUUUUUGGUAUGGUUUUUUUUUGUCCUACGUGAGACUCUUGAUUUUACUUAUUUCAAGUGCCCCAAAUUGCUUAACUCUAAAGUAGGACUACAUAACCUUCUAAGGAAAUGUACCUUGCUCUUAAAAAGUCUUGUUUUAGCCAUCCUAGGCAGGUAGUUUAUUGAAGAACUAGUGCAGGUAUGGCCAAAUUUGGCCCUCCAGAUGUUUUGGGACUACAAUUCCCAUCAUCCAUGACCACUGGUCCUGUUAGCUAGGGAUGAUGGGAGUUGUAGUCCCAAAACAUCUGGAGGGCCAAGUUUGGCCAUGCCUGCCUAGUGGAACUGCCUUCUGUGGUGGAUGUCCUGUAUUCUGUAUGCACUGAUUGGAAAUGAAGCAGUGUGACUGCCCCAAAACAUUUGCUGGCACAAAUAGUAUCAAAGGUGGGAUUGUGUAUGAUUUCCCCAAUAGGAUAAUGAGCACCAAGGCUGACGAGGACAGCAGUGGGGAGCUGGUACAAAUUACUGGGGCCCAGUGGUCUGGAAGGGACCCCAGAUCCUAACUAUCUUGCAUAUGUUUUUGUCUUUCUCAGUGGCAUCAUUACAGACAGAAAAACAAUAAAGCUGCAUAUUAUAUGAAAAAAUGAACAUUGAAAAAUAAAAAUAAACUGGCUGAGUCACAACAUACACGUAGAACUAGUCAUAUACCAUGGAGUUUUACAUGUGCAUGUGCCAAAAUCACACUUGUCUUUCUCACAAAGAGGAUACCUUUCCAAUGAAACUGCACUUAUAUGGAUCUACUGUUUUGCUCCUGUAUAGGUGGACCUAGAAAACCAGGUUCUAAUCACAGGCAUUCAGACUCAAGGAGCCAAGCAGUUAAUGCGUUCCUUGUAUACAGUGGAGUACGUCAUUGCCUACAGCAAAGAUGGAAGAAAAUGGGUUGCUUUUAAAGGGAAUCACUUAGGAGCACAGAAGGUGUGUAUAUUUACUGUACUUGUCCCUGUUUUCCACUUGAAAAAAAAAAGGCAGCAGGCAUUGAAGUUUUUGCCCAAGGGAUAAUAUACUGUAGAUUAAUAUAAAGAGAGCCAAUGUGGUGCAGUUGUUACUGUUAGAUUCCUGGACUAUGACAAAGGAGAUUAGGGUUCAAAUUUCCACUCAGCCGUGAAGCUUACUGGGUGACCUUGGGCCAGUCUUGCCGCCUAAUCUGCUUUACAGUGUUCUGAGGAUAGCUUUUUCACCUUCCUUGCUCCACCCUCCAGCCCUGGGAGCCUUUAUAAGAGACCUGUUCUGCUACCUGUUCUUUAUUGUAAUUGAUAAGUGCAGACUGUUAAAUUAUUAUUUGCUGAUGUUUAAUUUUACUGUUUACUGUUGGAUUCUAAUGGAUUAUUGAAUAUUGCUUUAUUUUAUAUAAAUUGUUUAUUUUAAAGUUAUUGUGACUUUUUGUAUAGGAUCGGAUUGUUACUAUUAAUGUUCAAUAUUUUAUUAUUUUUAUGUGUGUUGGAAUAUGGGUGGGGUAAUAAUAAUUAUUAUUAUUUUAUUUUAUUUUAUUUUAUUUAUUUUAUUAUGCAACAGCAUUGGAAUAAAAAUUGGUUCAGGGCUAUUAUGGUCCAUCUUUUUUAGCCCGAGCAAUUGUAUAGAAAUCAUGUCCUCCCUUAAAGAGGGCACAUGUUGUGGUGAGACCUGGAAACCGAUCCCCUGUGUUGUGGGUGGGUAAGAUUCGUCAGCCACAACAACCGAUUGGUAGGUCCCUCAUAGCUAGGUGCAAUCUGGCCAAUGGGACACAGUCCAAACGGUUCGAGGGACCUAUUUAUACCCAUUCACAUGACCCAGAGCUUCCUCUUUUGGCGCGUGCAUUCAGAACACCUGACCACCUCUCCCUACUUUUAGGGCUUUUGUGCUUGACCUUGCUAUGAUGUCGUGUGUCAUCUUUCAUUGGGACAGGGGCAUGGAAGGAAUUUUCCCCACUAGGCUGAUUGGCUGUUGCCAUUUGGGUUUUGCCUGCUGCGUAGCAAAUUGUCACAACUUGUAAGGUUGCAUAUAGGCUCUGGUUCAGGUGAUAGCGAUGGGAGAACGCUCUGCCAUCCCUAUGUGAAGGGUAUUCCAUAAAAGGAAUCCAGGGACUCAAAUGGUUUGGUCAAGCCCUGAGAGGGGGUUGUGCUUGUGUCUGAGUCCAGGGGGUCAUCUGGGUGGCGGAUAUAGUCCGUUCCCGACUUUUCGCUUAUCCAGGUGUUCACCCUUGGCUGACCUAUGCUGGAACCCUGGGUCAGCGCUACCUGCAUGGCAGGGAGCUAGUCGAACCAGGGCCUAUGGAACCACUCACUUUCUGUAAUCAAUAAAGUUGUGGCCUAAAUUCUGCCAAAAACCAAAACUAAAAUUUGAGUCAAGUGUGAAUUUAUUUAAGGGGGAGGUUUCUGGGUCUAUACAGGCAAAUGGGCAGAAUCCAUGUAAUAAAAUAUACAUGAGAUACUUCACUGGGAGUGCAUCCAUUAACAAAUACCGCAGAAUUACUUACAGAGCUCUUUUGUUUCCACUAGGUGUUUGAAGGCAAUUCAGAUGCCCAUGGAAUAAAAGAAAACCUCAUUGACCCUCCUCUUGUUGCUAGGUAUAUUAGGGUGUAUCCAACCAAGUUCUAUAACAGGCCUACUCUUCGUAUGGAACUCCUGGGUUGUGAUACGGAAGGUAAGACCUGGACCCUGCAGCUGAGGCCUUUCUGUGUGUACAUCUUUGCUGUAAACCAUACUGUUGCUUAGGAGAUCUAACCAGGAUGUGUCCAUAUUUUUAUGAUAGAUUGCUUUAUGCCGUUGGGAAUGGAAAGUGUGGCUAUCAAGAAUGUGCAAAUUACAGCCUCUUCUUAUAAGAAGACUUGGUUGGGUUCAUGGGAGCCAUCUCUUGCCCGCCUCAAUCUCAAAGGAAAGAUGAAUGCCUGGCAAGCAAAGGUAAAGACGAAAGCUGCAAAAUCAAAGCUUCUGCAGUUGUUUAUUUUUUUAAUAAUGUAAAAGUAGAGUAAAAAUAAAAUAAUCAGGGUCGCACAUAAGCUAACCAUCAUAUUAAAAUAGCAUAUAAAGAAAUCAACAGAAAAAGAGGAAAGAAGUUAGCGCUAGUGCUAGUGAAUGAACUCCGUUAAAAAAAAUUAAUACCUGUAGCUUGAAGUCAUUGGAUCUACUCCAGUGUACACAGGCUCAGCAGCUGUAAUGCCUGCAGGUGAUAUCCUUGAUUAGUAUAUACACUUAACCCUGGAAUACUGAGCUUAUUAAGACUUACUUCUGAGCAGACAUAUAUGGAAUUGUGCUUGAAUGAAGUGUUGGUUAUUUAGCUUUACAUUUUUCAUUGCUUUCUUUUAACAACUAUGUUUUAUUUUCUUUGAAUUACUUCCACUUUACAAAUUAUUUUGAUUUUAGGUCAACUAAUACAUAUAAUUAAAUAAAGAAUACAUGGAAGGAUGCUAAACACUUGGCUAUUUUAGAGUCUUCGUCCAGCGUUCAGUGACCCUGUGCACUUCUGUAGAACUCAGUUAAAGAUUUGCAUGUAUUGGAUAUUCACCAGUGAACUUGCACAACUCAGUGUUAUUAUUGUUCUCAUUAAUUUUACAGUCCAACAACAACCAACAAUGGCUGCAGAUUGAUCUCCUUCAAUCUAAGAAGAUAACAGGCAUCAUAACACAAGGAGCUAAAUCAAUGUACAGUGAAAUGUAUGUGAAGACAUUUUCCAUCCUCUACAGCGAUGAUGGUUCAGUGUGGAAGCCUUACAUAAAUGAUUCAACUUCCACGGAAAAGGUACCAAUUCUUCCUCCCCCUCCCUAUUUAUUAUUUUCAUUUAUGCUAAGCAUUAAAAAUGUUGGCCACCUCCGCCCCCACUACUGAGGUCUCCUUUAACAGUCUUGAUUUGCCAGGUUUGACUCAGUGACUAUACUGCCAAAUCAUUUUGCUUCACCAAGGAUUUAGGGUUCUUACAAGCAAUAUAGGGACCAGUGAUCAUUAGAUACGGCUUGUGUAACGCAGAAUAAAAUACUGGAGCUACAUCUCCGAACAGUGUUUUUAUUGUAAAGAUCAAAAUCUAGAGGCCUUAGGUCCAAAUUCUAAUGUGUAGUGGAUCCCCCUACCACACUGUGGGGACUGGAGCUUGGGAAGAUCUCUGCCUGAGAACUUAGAGAAUCAUAAUAGGUACAGUGUUUGCCGUGGACUCAAAGGAUGGCCCAAUGGCCUGACACAUAAGGGACUGCACAGGUUUAUAUGAACUUAGAUAUUAUGUGCCAUUGUGGGAAUAUGAGUUAGUCCAACCUUUUGUCUACUCAUUGCGCAUUCAUUCUCCACUAUUGCCCACUCAUUUUGUUAUACUUGUUUUCAGGUGUUCACAGGCAACAUUAACAGUGGUGGCCUAGUCAAGAACUACUUCAGGCCACCGAUAUUUUCCCGAUUCCUUCGUGUCAUUCCAAAAACAUGGAAUCUGAGUAUUGUACUUCGGAUAGAACUCUUUGGCUGUGAUGUGUUUUAGGGGCUGAACAGAAGACUGUCAUACUGAAAGCCCCAUAACCUUUAAGCUUGCUGAUACCAGAUGUUGUAAAAGGGGAAACCAGAACAAAAAACUCUUUUAGAGUGAUUAUGGUGUGCGUAUACAAAGCACUUUAAGCUGUGGAUUGGAAUAGCUUUGAAAAUUCAAUUAAAAGACAUUCAUACCUAUUUAAGUACUGUGAAUGCAUAAGAUAAACAAGCAAUUGUAUUUUUCAUUAUCACUGUGAAUAGAUACCUUAAUGUAUUACCAUCAUUGCUUUUGCCUUCUUCUGCACUUCCUACCUUCCCUCUUCCAUGCUCAGAACAGCAUGCUUAAACCAGAUAGUAAGAACAGGAAUGAGGAAUGGGGUCAGGAGACUCUGAUCAGUGAGCUGUCAGCAGACGUAUGAGCUUUGUUUACCAAAGGAUUCUGAAGAGCCAUUCCUUCAAGGGAGGUUAGUUGGUCAUCUUCUAAUUCAGGGGUCACCAACGUUUGUAGGUCUGUAAGCACAUUUGGAUUUUUGAGAUUGUGCUAUCAACACCACCCACUUUUCAUUUCUCCUCUGCCCCACCACCAUGAGAGACAGAAAGAUAGUGCACAUAUUUCCCUUACUAUGGGACCUGGAUAGAAGUUGGAUCUAGCAGAAUUAAUUUCAGCCUUGGAAAGGGCAUAGAGCUGAAAGAGAAGUGGGUAAUAGAGUUGCUCUUUCAACUUCCUCCCUAAGGAGAGGAAAGGUAAGCCCCCUUAUUACCAAGGAGACAGCUCAGAGGGGGCACCUGGGCAAGACCUCAGGAGCUCCACUACAGCCACAGGUGCCACGUUGGUAACUCCUGUUCUGAUUCUUCACAAAAGCCAUCCCUGCUGCUGCUGAUAAAUGAACAUUCACAACAUUUGUCAGUAUAACUGAUCUAAGUAGACAAACACCGCCAUUGGUUCUACAUUAUCUCAGAUGAGUUCCAAAGUGAAAAGGGCAGUUCCCAAAGAUAAGUAGGAAAUCAAAGAAUUGUAGAGUUCUGUGAUUUUCUGCAUAUCAUCUAGAUGUUUGUGCUUCCAACAAUUAUUGACUUCAUUGUAUGUGGGGAAAGCGUUUAAAAGAACUUACACUGCAUAUUAGAGAAUGAUUUAAGAUGAGUAGAAAUGGUAAUGUAAGGUAUGUCUCCAAAUGCACAGUCAUGUAUUUUGCUAACUAUCUAUGGUUAGGUCUUCCUUCCAUGACUUUGGAGGUGGAUUAACACUGAAAUUCCUAAGCGGGUGGUAAAUCUUUCUGCAAGAUGCUUAACACUUUUUCAGGAACUAUUUCAUGAUGUUAUUCAUAUUUUCUGAAUAAAAUGCAAAACAAUGCAUAUCUAAUGUGUAAAAAGCA